UUCAGUUGAUAAGAGAAAGACGCGGGGCAUUUUUCAGCAUUUUUUGGUCAAUUUUAGGCGAUAUUUUGCCAAUAUUUCCUCGAAAAUGGCAGAAAAUCAAGGCAAGGACAUGCAAAUUGAUCUGAAUUUCAGUUUCACGAUGCAAAUUCAAAAUUUGAACCUCCGCUCGCCGGUCAGAGUAAGUUUCAACAAUGCUCGUUGCUCAGUUAAUCGCCCGUCUCCGAGUUCCAAUCGACAUUCAGGUGCAAGUCACCCUUAUCGUCGUCGAACGCAUCAACAACAACAUCGAGGACCUCAAACGCCGCCAACUCCCGCUCCCGCUGAACAAUCGCAGCCCGUCUUCGAUCUCUACAAACUCGCCAAAUCCAUGAAAGAGUUGAAUCCAGGUCAAGUAAUCGUCGCACAUGCCUUUUUGGAUUUCUGUUCAAAUGAAAUGGGCGAGCAAUCGAACGAGAUUUUGCCAAUGGAGAAACGCGGAUCGAUCGAAUGGAAGGCGGCGAUUAAAGGACGCAUCACGGAAAAGUUUAUUCACAGCGCCCAAAGAUCGGGAACGCGUGAAAAUGACUUUUUGUUGAGCAAAAUUGUUGGUUACGCUGCUCGAGUGACUCGCUCCGAGACAUCAGAUACUCGUGCGUUGAAAGUAAAAGUGCUGAACACAAUUCGCGAACUUUGGACAACACCCGAUCACCGCAUCAAAGAAUGCGGAUUGUACAUAAGAUCAGAUUUUCCCGUGUUUUCUGCCACAGUUGAUGCCAUUUCUGACUUGUAUGUCUACAAAAUCAUCACAACAGAUUCAAUGGACAUGUACAAACGAAUUAACUCGGGAAAAUUCAACGAAGCCGAGAUCAAUGAAUGGAAUUUCAUCAUGCACAUCACCAAACGCAAGAAAAUGUACAUUUUUGUCGUCCAUCCGCAAUAUCCUCGUACCAAAGUCGUCAAUACAAUUUCCAUUGAAUACGAUUCAGCAAAUGCCAAUGAAACCAUCACUGAUGCCAUGAAUUUCUGGGAACGUUAUGUAUUCCCAAUUGUAAUUAGAGGAUAAUUUUUCCUUAAUUUUAGAAUUAAUUAAGUUUUUUGUGCUCAAAAUGAGAAAAAGUUACCGUAAUUAACUAAUUGAAUUGAAAGAAAUCCUUUUUUAAAGAGAAAAUUGACAAGAAAAAAUACAGAAAUUGUAACAAAAUUGAAAGAAAAGGAGGCGUUUAUCUCAUAAUUCAAUCCGAGUAAACAUUCAACAGAUAGUUGCACAAGAAAAAAAAACAAUUGAAUAUGUAGAGGAAAUAUUGAAUUUCGAUCAACAACUUCUUGAAAGUUUUCCUCCCAUUUUUUUUUGUGUUCUAACAAAUUUUCAACAAACAACGAAAGUUCAGUGUAAUUCCCUUGUCUACAAUAUGUCACAAGAUUUACUCUUGUUUGGCGAAGUUGCACAUGAAAAUUGUACGAAUAUUUAACAUUAGCUACAUGUGAAGAAUGUAAGUUUUUGGAAAGAAGGAA